CGGGUUCGCCAGACUGCCUCUGGCAACCGAAUAUAAGCUGUCGCUCCAGCAUCCAUAGUCAGUCUUGUAGGCUGUGUCUGUCAAACCGAAAUUGCAUUUUAAACAUGAAAGUCCUUGUGCUGGUCUUAUCAAUCGCCUCAGUGGUUAUCGCUCAAGAAAUCCAAGCAGUAGUGAAAAUUCUACCGCAUAAUGCAUCAUCGACGGUAACUGGAACAAUUAAGUUCGUUCAGAGUAAGCUUGAUGGACCUGUCAGUGUAACUGGAACCAUUACUGGCUUGAAAAAAGGCAAGCAUGGAUUCCAUAUUCAUGAGAAAGGAGAUCUCAGUAACAACUGCACCUCUACGGGCGGACACUUCAAUCCAAAAAAUAUGGCCCACGGCGCUCCAUCAGACAGUACGAGACAUGUUGGAGAUCUUGGCAAUAUUGAAGCUAACGACCAAAAUGAAGCUACCAUUCAUAUCGUCGAUAAAGUUAUCUCCCUGACAGGACCCAAUAGCAUCAUUGGGCGCGGGGUCGUCAUUCACUCCGAUGUUGAUGACCUUGGGAAAAAUCAGGACCAAGGAUCAAAAACCACUGGCAACGCUGGCGACCGACUGGGAUGUGGUGUUAUCGGUAUCAUGUCACCGGUGGGAAGUCUUCCACGUUCAUCAGCUGCAUCCAUGUCCUUUUCUGUAGGCAUUAUUCUAUUGAUAGUCGUGUCCGUUUUUGGUUGACAAGACUAAAAGAAUCCUCCUACCUAAAACCUAUAUCAACGUCAUCAAAUCUAUAGAGAAGAUCCAAAGACGAUUAAUUUAUAUAUGAUAUGUUACUUAAGUUAUGCAUUUUUAUAACUUUCAGUAUUUAUAAUUACCAACUUUCUGAAGAUUUUCUAAUUAUUUAAACGUUUUAAGGGAUACCUUAGUCAUUUGAUUAGUGUACAUGGCCGAGUUGCAUCAAAUUCUAUUAUAUAUUUGAAGCCCAGGAUAAAAAUGUUUUUGUGAAAAUUUAUUCGCUAAAUGAUUGUUAAGUGGUGGUAUGGAGAUUAGGCUAGCACAAUCGGCUCUCAGACCGUUUGUCCUAGUGACUGUGUGGUACUUAGCAAUUGUAUAUAUCAUUUUUUUUUUCGCCAACAGCAUUUGGUAAUGUUGGAAACUUUUCUUUCUUUUUUAAAAGAAGAAUAUAGUUUUGAUGUUUGUGUAGACUUAUUUUGUAGUUUCCGAGCAAUAAAUAGAGCUUUUCAUCUGA